AUGAACUCCGGGGACGUAAUUGACCAACAGACCCUACUAUUAAGAGCAAUCGACGAGUCAGGAAACACGGAACAACGUCUCCCCGCUGAUCCCUUCCUUAUCCUGAAAUCGGUACAGGCAGUGCUUGAGACUGACCCCAGAAAACCUAUAUACAUAGUACAAGGCGUUAUCUACGAUCCCGACAGAAAAGACGUAGAAGAAGCUAGACUUCUGGAAGAGAUGAAGACUCAGGGAGUCACGAACGUUCGGAGAAUUACAAAAAUGGUCGACAAAAAACCGACCAACACACCACUGGUUAUCCUAUCAUUCUCUGGUUCCAUCCUUCCGCAGCACUUCUACAUUGGUCUACUGCGCACCAGUAUUCGCCCGUACUACCCACUGCCGAUGAUGUGCUUCAAGUGCGGGCACUUCGGGCACGGAAGCCGUUUCUGCCCCAACCCCGCCGCCUGCCUGAGCUGCAGCAAACAACACGAAACAUCAAAGGAAAACCCCUGUGUCAACCCAAGCCUCUGUAUCAACUGCGGACAAGGACACUCGACACGUAGCCGGGAGUGUCCCAAAUUCAUUGAGGAGGAAAUGAUCACCAAAGCAAAAACCGACAAUAAUAUCACCUAUCCCGAAGCCGGAGCCCUAAUAACCAAACGAUCGCAAAUCCCAACCUAU